UACACUUGGAGAGCGGCCAUGGACCAGAAAAUAGGGAGAAAAGCCGGUGGUGCGUUGCGUAGCUGUAUUGUAGGCGAACGUUACGAAUGGAAUUACAGCGCGACGUGCCGGAAUUGUCACGUCGCGCCGAGCUGUGAAGCAACGACGUUCCUUGUGGUUGGAAAGCACGCUUGUUUUGCUGGUAGUGAAAGUAGUAGCGAUUCGCCCUACCCGAAAACAAGCCCGUGCUCUGCGAGGGAAACUUCGAGGGGCAUGGUGGUGACUUCGGAGAACCCGAAAGGGGCGUCGGCCUCUUCGAGCAACGACGAAGGCGGCAGCACGAGCGGCCAGCAGGAUGGCAGCUUUGAGUGCAACAUAUGCCUAGACACGGCCAAGGAUGCCGUAGUCAGUCUCUGUGGCCACCUGUUCUGGUAA